AUGAAGAAGCCGACCUUGUCCUUCACUUUUCUGGCCUUGCAUGCAUGGUUUGUGUCGAUAUUGGCUGUUGGAUGUGAUCCAGUGUCAGUUCAUUUUAUCGACCCCGUCCUCUCUCCCUUGAAUGCCACGAAGAAGUUCAGUAUCACAGCUGGGAUUGAGACAUGCAACCAAACCAUCAACUUCAUUCUAGAAAACAACGAUGAUCUCUUAUCACAAGACGUGCAGAUUCGGUAUCCUGGGCUCCAUGGCCAAGCUAACGAGACAGGUGCGCUUUCGGGGGCUCACGUUCGGUUUACAAAAGGAACAGUGUGGAUGCAGGACCCCUAUAGUCGAAGUCAGGAUAACGUCGGAUGGGCACGGCUUACCGUGAUCCAGGAAGGAGAUAGCCUGCUCUUCGAUGGAGCAUUCACAAUGAUGGGCUCGCAAUACGCCAUAGAGUUUGAGAUGCUCGAUGAUGGAUCUACUGCGAUCGUAGCCCGCGAACAGGAAUCGACACUCUCUCCGAUCUGCUCAACUUCACCCGAGACACACUUGUGUAAACGACAGAGCUGGGAUCCUUGGAGCAACGAGGAUCUCACAUCAACGAUCGGCAGUACUUACGGUUGUCCAAAUACGCGAAAGAUUGCCAACGUUGGCAUUAUGACGGAUUGCACUUACACUGCAGGCUUCAACUCCUCCGAUUCUGCCUAUCGCUAUAUCUUGAAUAUGGUCAACACUGCCUCUGUGGUGUUUGAGAACAGUUUCAAUAUCUCUCUUGCUAUACAAAAUUUGACAAUUAGUGACUCUGAAUGCCCGGACAAUACCUCUGGUACGACUGCAUGGAAUGUACCAUGCUCUCGGGGAGAUCUCAACACGCGCCUUCAAGACUUUUCAACAUGGAGAAGCUCCGUGGAUGAUGAAAAUGCAUACUGGACCUUGUUGACUGGGUGUUCGGGUUCUGCUGGAGAGGUUGGCGUGUCAUGGGUUGCAGCACUGUGCAACACGGGAUCUGGGUCUGGUGAUAGUGGAGCUACCAAUGUCGUUGCCCGAACGCAGAACGAGUGGCAGGUCUUUGCUCACGAGUCGGCGCAUACAUUCGGAGCAGUCCACGACUGCGAUUCGAGCACCUGUGGAAGUGACUCGACACAGUGCUGCCCCCUCUCGUCGAAUACCUGUGAUGCUGAUGGACAGUACCUCAUGAGCCCCGUAUCUGAAUCUGGCAUUACGCGCUUUUCGCCCUGCACAAUCGGAAACGUCUGUUCAAGGCUUGGCUCUGGGCAAGUUGAUGGACGCUGCUUGGUGGACUCUUAUACCGGCAAUACAACUGGUACUAACGAGCAAUGCGGCAACGGUAUCGUCGAAACCGGCGAGACAUGCGACUGUGGAAAUGGUGCCUGUAGCGAACAAGAGUCUCGCUGCUGCGACUCUGUGACAUGCCAGUUGCGAUCAGGAGAUGGAUGUGAUCAGACAAAUAAUGGCGGUUCUGGUAAUACUGCCAACACUGAUAACAAUGGCAACACUGGGGGCAGGAUCUCGGGAAAUGGCCAACCAAGUAACGAUGUAUCAUCCUGGGUUCAAAAUCAUCUUCCGUUGGUUAUUGGGCUUUCUGCUGGCGCAGCCGCAGGCGACCAGUGGUGA